AUGAAACAUGGGAUGUCCCAAAACAUCUAUUUGAUUCGAGCAAAUCCGAUUCAAAAGAACAAUCAUGUCCUUGUGGAUUCAAUUAAAAGGAAAAUAAUAUACGAUAAGACAGUUGCUCCUGGUGAUUUUGUUGGAGGAAACCGUGUCGUUUUAUUUUUUCUAUCGUACAAAUAUUACAUUACAAACAAGCCAUACUUGGGUGUUAUCAUUGAAAAGAUGAAAACAGUGCCAAAGUAUCAACAGCGUGUUGUGUUAUUUGUUCUUGAUGAAGAAAACUACGACCAAAACGUUAUCUGUGAAAUCAACUUGGCUAUUUUCCCCACAAACGGAGUUUUAGUUAUAUCGCAGAGUUACGCAGAGGCGGCGCGAUAUGUCGAAGAGUAUUCCUGUGUCAAAAACACCUCACAACGCAAGAGUAUUGAGUUGAAUGAUCGAACAAAAGUGAUCAACGCACUAGCAAUGACUACAAUGCUUAAUGUGAAUGACGUGACUACUUUACUCGAACGGUUUAUAACACUUAAAAGAAUUGGUGGAGCUGACAAAGAGGAGUUAAAGAAGUGUAAGAAGCUUGGCCCAAAGAAGGUCGACUCCUUGUGGAAAGUGCUCCACGCGCCAUUUACUGUCCCUUCUAAUAAGUCCAUUAAAGACUUUGUCAAAACGCUUCAAAUCACAAAACCCUCACAAACAGAGACAGAACAGCCAAAAAAACGGAAAUAUGAACUCCCUAAAGAAGGCGACCAAGUGCUCGAAAUUGAUUAA